CUCUCUCUCUCUCUCUCUCUCUCUCUCUCUCUCUCUCACACACACACAACAAUAAAGUAAGAGCUUAAAAACGGAGUGAAAAACAUAUUGGAGUUUUGUAUUCCAGCUGAUCUCAGCAUUAUUCUGCUCACUGCAGGGACUCUGAAAGUGUCCAUGAGAAUGACGCUCCUCACCGUGAUCCUUUUGACCUCUGUUUUUUCUUUCUGCUCAUCUGUUGAUAUCAACCCGAAUCCAUGCAUGCUAGCAAAGAAUAACAACGCUCAUGCCACCUUCCUCAAGCGGCAUCUGCCCGAUGGUGUGCCAAAGACAUGGGACCAGAAUGUGUGGAACGCACUGCUGAAGCAGAUUAAGACGUGCGGCAGACCUACUCAGUCAUUUUUCUAUGAGGAUGACAGGGAGAGUGUGAAUGCAGUGUGCACCAAGGCUGGUGGAAAACAGCACUUCGACAACCUGUGCAUCAGCAAGGAGAAAUUCUCCUUUGUGACUGUGCGUGUAAAUCUACAAGAGGGAUUGUGUGGCAUUAAGAGCAUUCGCAACGAGACCAAACACAUCAUCCUUGGCUGCAACAAAUUUCAAGACACAUGUCGCCCUGUUCAUUUUGAGGGAAACCCAGAAAAUCUGACGCCCAGUAAUAAUAAGCCUGACUGUGGAGAAAGCUCAGGGUCAAACUCAGGAUUUAAAGUAGUAAUGUCCAAAAGUCUUCUGGUCUUCACUUUAGUAGCUUUGACUUACAUUUUGUGAUAUGGUGUAUUAAAAAAGACAAAUUAACAUGAUUUAUGAUUACACAUCUGUGUUACAUAAAUAGGUCUUGAUCAUCUCUGUGUUGAUUGAAAAAUCUUAUAGUAUUGAAUAAACUGUAACAGUGUUGGAUUAAGAAAUAAUGUAUAAUGUAUAAUGUUGCAUUAGAAUAUGCUCACUUAAACUGACAAGUUUUUUUUGGGUCCAUCUGUAAGUGUAUGUACCAAUUUCUCGCUAAGGAUUUUGCUAUGCAGCUUUAUUUUAUUUAUGUGUACAUAUAUUCAAGCAGAGCUGUGUGAUAAAAUAAAGGUAAAGAUUUUUGAAUAGCAAGCAGUUUUCCCAAAGUAAACACAUAAAAUGACAAAAGUUGGAAAUUGUUACUGGCUUGUUAAGGGUUAAACAGUAACCAGUAUAACUACACACUAAUGAAAAAAGCAACAAACGCAUUUGCCACCUGGUGGCAGGUUAUAGGGUUAGAUAUAAUUGUGGGGUUUGUAGUUAUAUGUAGUUGAGAUGGUGUGUUAUGGGUCUAGAACAGAAACACUUCACUAGAGCUGCACCUUGUUCUUAGUAUCAAACUCAAAGACAAGCCUGAAACAUUUAUUAAAAUUUACUUCAUAAAUAAACCCAGUACUAUUGAACAUA